UGGAUCGAUUACUUGCGGCGGAUGCCGCUGAGCUGUAUUCUGGCGCAUGGACUCCGAUCGACGGCAACGACGAGUCGAAACUGACGAUCAAAGUCAUGGAUGGAUCGCUCUGGAUGACUGAGCUGCGGCUCAAUGGUACUGACGUUCUCGGCGUGGUUUUGCCAGCUCCAGAGCCAAUCGCCCUUUGGUCUACAGGUCGUUUACACGAAUUCCGAAUGGUGUUUGCCUCGCCGUCCAAGAACUGCAUGUCUUCUUGGACUGCGAUUGACGAUGGGUACUCGCAGGGUCAUCCCAACGACCUUGUCUAUCU